GUUCGGGGAAACCGCUUAACUCGACGGUUUGCGCCCCCACAAGCGCGACUUGUUUUUGUUCUAGUCCUAAAGGGCCUUGAAUGCCAGGCCCAGGAACCUCAGCAUUUAUUGGUUCUGGUUCCCGCGUUCUGGUUCUACCGUGUUGCGGGGCAGUGCCCUAGGUUCCGUUCUAUCUUGUUGCCAGGCAGGGCGUUCCUGCGCUGCGGUGAACUCCAGCCCCGCCUGGGCACGCCAGCACCAAUGGCCUUCUACAGGAAGUUGAGGAUCAGGUCUUUGGGCACUGUUUUUAGACGGAUUUGCAACCAGACCCGUCAGUCCUUCCCGAAGCUACUCAAGAGCUUCAGAAGGUUCUGGAAUACUGUUAAGAGAUGGUUUGCAAAGAUCAAGGAGGAAGAGGAGCCAAUCUCCGCAGCUGAGUGCAUUUUUCACAAAGAAAAAAUUACGGAACUUGGCCACACGCUGAAGAAUACAGCUCUAUCCCUUGAAAAAAGAGCUCUGGCUGCCCAGAAAAUUGGACUACUGGCCUUCACAGGGGGCCUGAGUGCAGCACAGUUCGCCAGCGAGUACAUGCGAGAAGUGGCUCUCUUGCUGCAGAGUGAGAAGGUGAUGUCGUCCAAGACAAAGAUCCUCCUGCUCCAGAGUGUGGCCUGUUGGUGCUACUUAAACCCGGCCAGCCAGAAGCGAGCCAAACAGCUGCAGUUCAUCCCCAUCUUCAUCACUUUCUUUGAGACUCCCUUCCACUCCACCAUCAAGAGUGAAGUCAACAGCCACCGCCUUGUUCAGUUCUGGAUAUGCUAUGCCCUCUCCGCCAUGACCUGUAACAACUUAGCCGUCAUGAAGGAGUUGAGAUCUUACAGCUCUCUAAAAUACCACCUGCAGAUACUGGCUAUGGAGAACUGGACUGGGUGGUCUGAAAAUUUUGCCGAGGUCUUAUAUUUCCUAGUAGGUUUUCACAGAAAUUAAUUUUUUUCAGUCCAGUUCCAUGAUCCAGCUAUCUGUGCCAUCGCAUUACCCUGGAAACCUGAAAUAAAGACUAAAAGCCGUGUGCUGUUCUACA